AAGCUACUCUGACCAGUGAUGGACCUCAAGCGAGUGAAGGAUUACAUCUAUUGGCUGUAUUUCCAGUAUCUCCUGAUAUCCUGCAUUUAUGUCCUUGAGCCCUGGGAGCAAUCUAUGUUCCACACAAUCACAAUCACGGUGGUCGCCAUGGUGGUGUAUACUGCUUACGUCUUCAUCCCCAUCCACGUCCGCCUGGCUUUUGAGUUCUUCUCACAGAUGUUUGGAAGCCAACCCGAAAGUACUGUUUCACUUAUGAACUGAACCUGCUGGCACCAAAAGCAACUUUUGCCUCCUUUAAAAAAAAUGUAGUCUUCCUCAUCUUUGUCUCCUCUAUGUGUGGGAAGCCAUUCUGAAAGACUCACGUGUGUUGUAUGUCCACAGAUGCCACUUCCACUUAACCAAUAGGAGCUAUUGUUGGCCAGCCUAUGGCUAGUUCUCCUUGAAAUGCAGCUACAUUUUCUAUCCUGAAAAAAUAACACAGCCUUUCUGGACUGGGUUGCUUUAGUAAAUCCAUAGGGAUUGCAUUCCACAUAUGGCAGGUCUUCAAUCUAAUGCCUUGAAAAAUCUCUUUCCCUUAUCCCAUUUUUUUUAUCCUUAGGGUUGCAUGCUUCUUGCUCCAUUAUUUUGCAACCUUCUUUUGCAGGGCACACGUAAGUAAUAUUACACUGUUGAAGACAAUGGGCUGUGAAGGGUGAAACUCUGCUUGGCACUGUUAACGAGCCUGUUCAUUUUUAGCAGCGUCCAGUUCUUUGAAUGUAUUUAUGAAGGCAUAAACAGAACCCGGUCACCAUUUCUACA